GGCCAACAGUUUCUACCACUGUGCAAGCUCUGUCUACGUCACAAUCCUGAAUGAGCUCUUCCGGCCUCGAUCACUACCUACUGAAGCUCAAAGCCCAUUAGCUGGCAUCCCACUCCAUCGUUCUUAGGUACCUUUGAACAGCGCUGUAGACCGCUAGACUGAGCAAGCAGUUACAAUCCGCUUCCUCGGAUUUCGGCCUAGCAGAUAAAGCCUGUUCUUCAAGCCAUCACAUCAUUCUUCUGGAUUUCAAGAGAAGCACGCUUGCAUUCUAGGAUUAGCGCCAUCUUUCCUUCACACCACCACCACUCAUAAGCCCGCGCAAGCGCAAAGCAGAGUCUGUCAAACAUGGGGAGCGUUUCGAGGAACUGCAUAGCGGUGCUACUGUUUGCCGCCGCGCUUCUGGGGGUGGCCUUGGCGCAGACAGCUGGCGAGCAAAGAUGGUGUACCACAUCCACUGGCGAGACCGCUUUCUGCCGCACCCUCAUGGCGGAAUUCCAAGCAAACGACCCUGCCGGCAACACGUGGUCUUGCGUCCAGAAAGCGAAUGCCGCUGGCUGCGCCACCGCCAUCCAGAACCGUGAGGUCGACUAUUACAUCAUGUCGCCCGGCACCCUUUACACCGCCAUUCCGACCGGUGUUAAAGUGGUCGCUUUCGAGGAGUAUCCCGUGGGGGCUGCCGCUUAUUACGCAGUCGCUAUCGUCAGGAAGGAGGACUGCGACAGGAACCCCGCCCUCACCGUUAGAGACUACAGAGGCAAGGCCUCCUGCCACACCGGCUACGGCCGCACCGCCGGCUGGAACAUGCCCGUCGGAAACCUGAUCAGCUCCGGGGUUAUCCCCGCGGUUAACCGCGACCCGACCCUCAAGAACGACAUCGAGUCCGUGACCAACUUCUUCGGCAAGACGUGCGCGGGUGGCGCAGAGGGAUCCCCCCGGAUCUGCACUCUUUGCCCCGGCGCGGCUUGCGCGGGCAGCAACUCGAGCAACUACUGGGACUACGAGGGCGUGCUUUACUGCGUGGAGAAGGGUGGAGGUGACAUCGGAUUCACGAAGCACGACGUUCUGGGCGAUUAUGCGGCGGGACAGCCGAAGGCGAAGGCAUGGGCGGAGAGGCCGGUCGGUAAUUUCAGGAUCCUAUGCCCCAACGGAGGCUGCACCACCUUCAACGACUAUGCGCGCUGCAACUCCGUGACUGUCCCGUCGCGCGCGAUUGUGACGUAUGCUGAGGCGACCCCCGCCGCCAUCGCCAAUUUGCAGACGACGAUUGCCGCUCUCAACAGCGAUCCCGAGUUCGUCGACGCCGUGUACCGCGGGAAGAACACCCAGGGGUACGUCUUCCAGUCGGAUGCGAUCCGUCUGGUCGGGUACAACGGAACGGCGCAGGCUUAUAUGGGCAAAGCGUAUGGCGCAUACCAGAGCAUGGACGCUGUCGAGGCCAACACGCCGCUCACUGCGGGGGCGUUCUCUGUGCAAUCCAACGUCGCCAUCGUGGUGGCAUCCGUUGUCCUCGCCGCUGUUGCGAUGAUCUAGGUCGUUAUUCUGGUUCCGUUCCGGUUCCGGUUCCGGUCGGAUGAAAAGAAUGUUGUGGGUUAUAUCGAAGGAUAGGGUCGAUGACCACGAUCACAUCUGCACAUUCAAACGAGGGUCGAGUCGAGUGCAGAAGUGAUCAACGGAAGAUGUCGAAACAGGAAUGGCUUGGCUCCGUUCUGGGAACGUCAUUAUUGCGGGCAGUUGGGUAGAGCCAUGAUAAGGGAAUUGAGUCGUAGGUGGAUUUUUGUAGCGCAUUAAGAUAAUAUUUACUCUAGCGGUUACCAUAAGAAGCGUUGAGUACCUCCUAGAAUUGCGUCCAGAACUCGUUAUUUAGUCCCAAGUCGGCGGCACAAUCUUCAAUUUUUUGCCUGCAAAUGUACAAGUCGCGCUUCCUCUAGAAGUACGUCUGUCGAAGUCUGUUUGACCAUG